CCGGAGGCUGCGGCGAGAUGGUUGAGAUGGUUUAGGGGACGGCGGGGAGCUCCCUCCACGGCCGGCGGGGAAGGGCGAGGACCGGCCGCAUCGUCCCCGGAAAUCCAGUGCAGUAUUAAUCCACGGAGGUGCAGUGGGGACAGUUGGCAGUACAAUGGCUUCUCAGUACCUCGUAGUGGCUCUGGCCGUUUUCUCUUCUUUUACCCAGGUUGUAAUAGAAGCCAGCUCUUGGUGGUCUUUAGGGAUGAAUCCCAUGAACCCCAUGAACCCUGUUCAGAUGUCAGAGGUGUAUAUAAUAGGAGCCCAGCCACUAUGUAGCCAGCUAGCAGGGCUUUCCCAAGGACAGAAGAAACUCUGCCAAUUGUAUCAGGACCAUAUGCAGUUCAUUGGAGAGGGUGCAAAGACGGGCAUUAAGGAGUGCCAGUAUCAGUUCAGACAUAGAAGAUGGAAUUGCAGCACUGUGGACAACAACUCUGUUUUUGGCAGAGUCAUGCAGAUAGGCAGCCGGGAGACGGCGUUCACCUACGCGGUGAGCGCGGCCGGCGUGGUCAAUGCCAUGAGCCGCGCCUGCCGGGAGGGAGAGCUCUCCUCCUGUGGCUGCAGCCGAGCUGCACGGCCCAAGGACUUGCCCCGGGACUGGCUUUGGGGUGGCUGCGGGGAUAACAUCGAGUACGGAUACCGCUUUGCCAAGGAGUUCGUGGACGCCCGGGAGCGUGAGAGAGUUUACCAGCGAGGCUCCUACGAGAGCGCCCGGAUCAUGAUGAACCUGCACAACAACGAGGCCGGGAGAAGGACGGUGUACAACCUGGCUGACGUGGCCUGCAAGUGCCACGGCGUCUCCGGUUCCUGUAGCCUGAAGACCUGUUGGCUGCAGCUCGCAGAUUUCCGCAAGGUAGGCGAUGCCCUGAAGGAGAAAUACGACAGCGCCGCCGCCAUGAAACUCAACAGCCGGGGCAAGCUGGUGCAGGUGAACAGCCGCUUCAACGCCCCCACCAUCCACGACCUGGUGUACAUCGACCCCAGCCCCGACUACUGCGUGCGCAACGAGAGCACCGGCUCCCUGGGCACCCAGGGCCGCCUGUGCAAUAAGACCUCGGAGGGCAUGGACGGCUGCGAACUCAUGUGCUGCGGCCGAGGGUACGACCAGUUCAAGACGGUGCAGAGGGAGCGCUGCCACUGCAAGUUCCACUGGUGCUGCUACGUGAAAUGCAAGUUGUGCACAGAGAUCGUGGACCAGUUUGUGUGCAAAUAGGGGGACAGGACGAGGUGGGAGGAACUGCAGCCGCCUGCCAGCGAGGGGCGCAGGCCCCUCUCCCUUUCCACAGGACUAUCUCCACUUUUUAUUUAUAGAGUCCAAUGAGUUGUUGUCUUCUUUUAAGAAAAA